ACAAGUUAUAGUAUACAGAGACGAACCUUUCUCAUUGCGAAGUCAUUGAUUUGAGAAGACAUCGAAGAUUAUAAAAUCAGGAUCGAGGUUGGUCCUCCAUUGAAGCAGCAUUCUCGUUUUCUCAAAGAUCUUGUUUGAUUCUUCACGCUGUUUACGUUUUCUAUUCGUUUGCAACUAUUGCAACGCUUCACAUAUUAUAAGGGAAAAUGGACCCCCACAAGAACAUCCAACCAGGUGGCUAUGACUCCCGGGAUACCUGCAUUUCAAACUCUCGUGGGCCUCCAGAACUAGAUUUUGGUGAAAGUGACGAGGCAGAGUUGGUUUCUGUUUCUUGGAAUCAGGAUUACAGCUGUUUUGCUGCUGGCACGAGCCAUGGUUUCCGUAUAUAUAAUUGUCAACCUUUCAAGGAAACUUUCAGGCGAGAGCUGAAGGAUGGAGGGUUUAAAAUUGUAGAGAUGCUUUUCCGGAGUAAUAUCUUGGCCCUUGUUGGUGGUGGACCUGACUCUCAGUAUCCUUCAAAUAAAGUCUUGAUUUGGGAUGAUCAUCAGAGCCGCUGCAUCAGUGAAUUUUCUUUUCGGUCUGAAAUCCGUGCUGUGAAGUUAAGAAGAGAUCGAAUUGUUGUUGUUCUUGAGCACAAGAUAUAUGUUUACAAUUUUCUGGAUCUAAGACUUCUUCAUCAGAUUGAAAAUCUAGCAAAUCCAAGGGGACUAUGUUGCCUCUCUCAUCAUAUGAAUACAUCUGUGCUGGCCUGUCCAGGUAUUCGUCGAGGACAGGUCCGAGUUGAACAUUUUGGGCUUAACAUGGUUCAAAUCAUUAAUGCUCAUGAUUCUAAUAUCGCGUGCAUGACCAUGACAUUGGAUGGCUUGCUCCUUGCAACUGCCAGUAUAAAGGGAACUCUGAUUAGAAUUUUCAACACAAUGGACGGAACUCGUCUGCAAGAGGUCCGACGAGGCGUGGACAGAGCAGAUAUCUAUAGCAUUGCUCUAUCACCAAACGUGCAGUGGCUUGCGGUAUCAAGUGACAAGGGGACUGUUCACAUUUUCUCUCUUAGAGUGAGGGUCAUUGGGGAGGACGCACACUCCACUGAACAUGAAACUUCUUCAAAUUCCCUGCAGCCUCUUGUUUCUCCAGCCAGUGGUGCCAACCCUGGUUCGUCAUUGUCUUUUCUGAGAGGAGUUCUACCAAAAUAUUUCAGCUCGGAAUGGUCAUUCUCUCAGUUCCAUGUUCCAGAAGUCACCCAAUACUUUGCAGCAUUUGGCGCUCAGAACACAAUUGCGAUUAUCGGCAUGGACGGAAGUUUCUACAGGUGCAAUUUCGAUCCAGUGAACGGAGGAGAGAUGACUCAGCUUGAACAUUUCCGAUUCCUGAACCCAGAGAUCCCAAGAUAGUCAACACGUGCUUGGUUCGAUUUUUAUGUACAUAAGCAUUGGCUCUGUAUAUAGAUUUGGUGAAAUGCAUACGGUUUCAUACUUCCAAGCUUUACUUGAUUGAAGGAAUUGUAUUCUUGAUUGAAACAUUGUAUAUACAAAAGGAUUUAUAUCUACACUAAUUUCUGGAGAAAUAAACUGCGAUUCAACUA